AUGGAGAGAAAUAAAAUCAUAGAGCUGAGUGGAAGUGAGCUGUGUAAACAUAGGAUCAACUUUCAGAAGGUUCAGGAACAGAAUUUGCAGCUUGCCCAGGCAAACACUCGUCUCUUAGGGGAGAUCAAUACAAGCAAAGAUCAACUGAAGUUACUUCAGCACGAACUUAGUUGCAAGAAUGGGUUACUCAUGGCCAGGCAAUUGCUGCCUGAGGCGCAAAACCUUCCACGUACGCACUGCCACGCAUCAGAAGACAAGGAUCGUGCAGACUCUCCUGGUGGGGCUUGCAAAUUUUUUCUAUCAAAUUGUAAGGGUCAUAAAACUGGCAAGAGCAAGCAACAGUCAACUUCAGAGAGCUCCAACGUUAACUCAUUGCAAAUAAAUGAAAAAGCCAAUAAUAAAAGAAGAGUUUCUCGAAGGAAGAAUCAUGCCAAUUGUGAAGAUGUUAUUGGCAUACCUGGAGAGUCAAUAGAGACAACCAGCAUGAGAAGAGUUUCAUUGAGAAGACAGUCUGCGAGAUUUAGUAUCCAGGAGCUGAGCGUGACUGAAAACUUGAAUGGUAUACAUGAUGAUCAAGAGAUUACUGCAAAUGCCGGAUGCUCUGCGAGUGAUCAGUCUAUCGGGUCUAAACCCGAAGCAGUAGAACCACAUGACAAGAAAGAGAAAACCGGGAAAAGCAGAGUCUCUUCAAGAAGACAAUCUACAAAGGUUAUUUCUCAGAGAGCCAUCAAAGAAUCCUCAGAGCCUCCUUUGCACACUGACAUUAUUGAGAAGUCUAGUCAGAUAUCAUCUUCAGUUUCAACGGAGCUUAAAAGAGAAUCAAAAAAGAAACCAAGUUGCGAUGAAGCAGAGGAGGUAGGAAAAACAUGUGUCGGAAGACCUGUAAGGCAAGCUGCUGGAAAAAUCAAAUCAUACAAGGAAGUCUCACUUAAGGAGAAGAUGAGACGGAGUUUCUGA